UCCAUCACUCACUCACACACGACACAGAAGCAGGAUGACCUUGAGAGGACUGCGUGCUCGGGCCACACUCUUCUUGCUCACAACUUUGCUUUCUGCUAUCAAAGGUGAGCCUCAGUUACUCGGAUCAUCGGAGCCGGUCAUAGGGUUAGUUGGUCAUCAUGUCAUCCUGCCGUGUAGUGUGCAACCUGCAAGGAGUGUUACUGAGAAGACAGUGGAGUGGACAAGAUUAGACGUGAAGUCCAAGUUUGUCCAUGUUUUCCGUCAGGGGCGGGAGUUGUAUGACGAGCAAAACCCAUCCUUCCGACAACGGACAAGUUUGUUCCUACAUGAAGUGAAGAACGGCAAUGUGUCAUUAAAACUGAGUGAUCUUAAACUCUCUGACGAAGGGAACUACACAUGCAAACUGGUGCCCUCAAAUCUGGAAACUUCCAUCGAAGUGGUUAUAGGUGCUGUUUCUGAGCCAAAAAUCUCUGCUGUGGAGGGCACUAGUGAUGUUCUUCAGUGUGAUGCCCUGAACUGGUUCCCAAAGCCUGAGAUGGAGUGGAGCGACGGGAAGGGAAACAUCAUCCCUCAUCACGACGACAACACAGAGUACAAUGAAUACUACUCUGUCUCCAGCAAAAUCACAGUGAAGAUGAUGGUCAACAACACUUUCACCUGUACAGUUCGACAACAGAGCAUCAGACAAUCCAGGCAGACAAGUUACACUGUUCCCUAUGUCUACACAGAAUUAUUUGCACUGAAAAAUUCAAAGGAUGCACUGAUCGGGUUUUUCAUAUUUAGUUUGAUGUUUAUUCUCGCACUGAUUUUGGCGAUUGUGUUGUACAUGAACGGAUCAACACGUCACUGUGUGAGAAGGACUAUCGGCAUUGAUGACGUUGAUGGGUCCACUAGGGAGCAAGAAAAAUGUCUGCAGUGUGAAAAUGAGCGUCUGGAAAAGGAAGUUAGUCGCCUCACAGCAGAACUUGGAAGGUGCCAGCGAGAAAAUGAGCACCUGGAAAAGGAAGUUAGUCGCCUCACAGCAGAACUUGGAAGUCGCCAGCGAGAAAAUUAGGACCUGAGAAGAAAGCUGACGUGACACUGAAUGUCAGAGGCCUAAAUCAAAUGUUUACUUUGCUCUGUGAGGAUGUCCAACCAGGAAUUUAGAUGAAUUCUUGAUUGGUCUUCAUCAUGUCAACAGCCAAUGCCAAUGUAGUCUGUCCAUCAUGUCUCCAGACUUAAGUAUUAAAUAUUUAAGCAGUUAUUUGAUGGAUUGUGACGAAAUGUGGUUCAGACAUUUACAUCCCCCUCACGAUGAAUAGUACCAUCUGUGGUGAGCCUCUGACUGUCCUCUGGCACCACCAUAUGGUUAGCAUUGAUGGUUUUGUAAAGGUAGACCACACACUGAACUGCCAUUCCUUGAACCUUUUUCUGCAAAUCAAGAGCGCCAUCUAGUGUGCUCUGAAAGUAAAGACAAGGGUUCGUGAGGCUUCAGUUGGCCGACACUAGCAAUGAGGGAAAUCAGAUGACUCCCCAAGGGGAAGCUCUUUGUCUGGUAUUUUGGUUUAUGACCAAAUCCCUACAAAGCUAAUGACAUCCCCAUCUCCAUUCCCAAAUGAUAGCAUGCCACAUUAAAGACUGCUUACAAAAUAUAAAGCCUUUUCCACCAGUGUGAUGGAAAAACAGAUCCUCUGAGUCAUUGUAAGGAGAAACUUCCUUGACAGGAUCAGGCUUAGUAUCUCAAAAAAUGAUGUAGUAUUUCAAAAGAAUGACUUAGUAUGUUUAGCUAAUUAAAGGCUUUCUCCAAAUACUGAGUUAGCUUCUCAAAAUAAUGACAAACUUUCUCAGAAUGACUCAGUAUCACAUGGUGGUUGUUGUUGGAUGAUUCUGUCAAUAAAAAGGAAUAUUAAGACAAAA